AUGAAGGCGAAGCUAUUGCAGUCAGAGAGUGUUGUGGUGUCAUUUCUACAUUUGCCGGCGUAUAUUGCUGAUGAAGAAAUUGAAGACCGUUUGAGAGCUUUAAACAUUGAGUUGAUUUCUCCUAUCUAUCGACGAUUUUAUAAAGGCUACCCGUACGGGCAGGAACCGCGGUUCGUUCCCACCGUGACCAAUGUGACGGUCAGGGAAGGUGAAAUGGCCAUUCUACCUUGUUCCAUUCACAGUCUGGGCACCAAACAGGUUGCUUGGCGACGGACCAACGAGGACCACUUCAUAACCGUCGGCGCGACGACGUGGAUUAAAGACUCCACCCACAGCAUCGACUACAAGACACUGGCCAAUGACGUCACUUCCUGGAACCUCAUCAUCAAAAAUGUCCGCCGGAAAGACGCCGGGCAGUACGAAUGUCAGAUAACCUCAACCAACGAUUACAACUGGCACGUACAACUAAAUGUUGUAGGUAAGAAACAACUUUCUUACACACCCACUGGUGAAAACGUUAUUUGUUAUUUUUUGUUAAGUCCACCGGUCGGAAAGCCAGCAAUAUUUGUGUCUGGCCGGAAGUAUGUGGAUCAGGGUGAGCCUAUUCGAUUGGUGUGCAAUGCAACUGGAGGGAGACACACCCCGGAAGACAUAGACUGGUUCAAGAACGGAGACAAGAUAGGACGAUCGAAAUACCACAAUAUAAUAGUGACUAAAUACCGGUCAAUGGCGACCAAGGCAUUAAUUAGUGAAUUGAUUAUAGACCACAGUCAAACGUCGGACACCGGUAACUAUAUAUGUAGGAGCUCAAGGGAAGAUAUAGCCAGCAUCCGGGUAACUGUGUUCACUGCUGAUAGUACAAGUAAUGUAAAACGCUCGGACAUAAAACUCGGAAAACUUGGUGGCAAGACCUCGGUACCCAGCAGUUCGUCGCGAGUUUGUUGUACAGGGAUAACAUUUUUAAACAUCCUCGUUAUCUCGAUACUGUUUUCUGCUCAACUACUCAGCGUUAUCGAGACACCUCUAGUUCUGUGCCUUAGUGUUAUGAAAUUGGUUUCUUUCGCGUUGAACCUCGUCACUGACGCAUGCGCCCAAACAUUGGUCAGUCUGCUUUCCGGCAGUAGCAUGCUAGUGAUAGCUACAUUGCAUUAUGGGUGGAAUAAACGAGUGCUUUACCCUCUGUGUCAUACUUCCGGUUGUGGAUGAGUGUUGUGCUGGAUCUGUUUUGUUUGUGGUUUUGCCUGGUACACGGGCAAUGGGCACCUGCGUGUACGCGUUAUAUGACCGAUCCCCGUUUUGAUGACAUGCUUGUUUACGACGAAUCAAGAGCCAGAAAGGUGUCGAAGUAUCACGUACAAAACGGUGAAGGUGAUAUGAGGAUUCUUUAUAGCACAGUCCAGUUAAACGAUAACCUAAAGCCUCGGAAUUGUAAGUCCCCGAGCACAAGGCUUCGGUGUUUGAUGAUGUAUGCGCAAACACUGGCUGUGUGUCUCACUUGUAACAUUUGUGCAUUAUUCACGGCCCCUCAUAACGUUUUAAUUCGGUUGUGGUGACGGGCGAUUCUUGCGCAGUGUCAGACGAAGACUAAAUGAAGUGCAUCAUGUUUGCUAAUGAUUUGAGAACAGUCGAUAACCUUCCUGCCCCAGAAGACGAGCGCAAGUCUCGCUAUCGACGUCUCAGACAAGCUGAUGUUGACAGGCACUGCCAUAGAUCGAAGGAACCUCUGUAAUAAGACAGAUUUCAUCUGAUGUUGUAUGCUUUCCUCAAGUUAGCUUUGGUCUGAACAUGAAAGAACAGCUGCCCUUUCCUUGUUCUCCACGACACCAGGGAUACGUUUAGCCAGACGUUUGUCGCUAACGUCUGCUAAACUUGUCUUUUUUAUGCUACAUGUUAAAACUAAAUGACCACUUCGGGAACUACUAGUAGUCAAAAUAGUUUGCAAACGUUAACACCGCUCGCUGUCGCUGAACACGGGGCUAAACCAUGUUUAGGAAGCCAAGCGCUCGCGGUAGCCAUCUAGACUGGUUUUUGCACCUAACGUCAAAUGGAUGUGACUGGAUAGUAGAGGAUGGAAAUCGGUCAUAGUUUCCAGGAAGACGUCUAUUUGCAAUCAGAACAUUUCCAAUAUGGCCGCUGUGCUACGCACAGUACAUAAAACAAACACGAAAUUUAAAAUGAUUAUCGUACAUACAAUUAUUCUAAAAAAAAUAAGACCCUUUAAAGUUGAACAAAUGAUAUUAAACAUUCUGAACAUAUAAUUAAAAUUGUAAUUGUCUUUAGUUUUAAAGCUGCAUUCUCGACAGUAUAUGUUAGCCAAUUUGGAAGCGAAGCAGUCGUAGCUACAUUUAACCCGAAGAGUGGCACAGUUUUCUAAUUUCAGAACAGUUACAUGAUGGCCUCUAGGGAGAAUGCAUAAAACAUACGUGAAUCAGGACUGGAAAUAGUACCUUUCAGUCUGCCAUUGCCUAGUCGUUUUAACAACAGACCGACUCAAAAUAAUAUACACGUCUCGCUGGCGAUUAGUUAAACAAAACUUUACUGGCGUGCUUUUAUCCAUUGAAGGUUCAAGCACGUCCACCCUAAACAUAGUAUCUGACUUUGCCAGUGACCACGUCCAGGGAAGAUCAAACAAACAUCCAUUUGACACACAUAUUUACAUCUACUGACAAAACAAGCACAUACCAGAAUGGAUCGAGAAGACUAGUUCGUUUAAAAUGCACUUUUUUAUGUUUAUCAUAUUGCUGAUACGCAUCGCUAGUUUAUAAUUAUAAAUAUGACGUAUUCAAACAACUUGAACUGGGGGAAUGGUCAGACCCCGCUUUACGGAACGAUCUUAGCGCUAAGAUCACCUUAAGUACAUACCAACCUUAUGCACCUUAAGAUGACCUUGGCGCUAAGAUCGCUUCAUGAAACGGGCCCAGGCUUUUCACAGAAAUGUACUGUUAGUGACUUCAGCAGGUCAUUUCUAAAUAUACUGAGAGAGAGAGAGAGAGAGAGAGAGAGAGAGAGAGAGAGAGAGAGAGAGAGAGAGAGAGAGAGAGAGAGAGAGAGAGAGAGAGAGAGAGAGUUAAGGGAACACUUGAUAUUGUAGACCACAUUUCAGUGACCAUCUACGUCGUGAUGUGUGUUUAAAGUACACAGAUGUAAUGUGAGACUGAAUGUCGGUAAUGUGAGACUGUAUGUCAGUAGCACGGUUAACUUCCUCACACUAUGGAUAAGGAUAUUGGUCACCCUCUCCUGUCUGUGUUGGCGUUAUCCCUGAGCUCUUUCCAUCAGUAUAGUUCAACCUUUGACAACCAACACAUUUGUGUUAAAGGCAAAAUUGUGAGAUUUUUUUUUUAUCUUUGAAUAUUGAAAAUUGCAGUUAGGAUUUGUAUUUGACAAAUAAAGUGAUGUUUGAGUUGUGAUAUAAUCAUCUAAUCAGUUUUAAAUAUGCACGGUAUCUUACCACAGAGCUACAAUGUAGAUACAGAUCAAGGAACAUUUGAUACCAUAUUGGUCAACAACCGUCAUCAAGUCUAAAGAGAUAGAGUAAUUCGUAUUUAUUCAAUCUGAUUCAAAUUAGCUCUACUGGUUUCACCAGUAGAUCUAACAGCAUUGCGUGGACUCCCAUGUCCAGGUGACAUUUCAUCUAUAAAUAACAAUUUAAAUAUCGACCAAUUACACGUCGCCUUUUAUAGCGUUAUUCGGGAACAUACAAAUUCUAAAAAUAUCGGGCGAGACUAUUUAUGGAUUAGGCGAACUUGUUGGUCUAUUUGAACAUUAAAAAAACAGUGGGGAAGUGCAGUAAUAAGCUCUGGAUUGUAUACUAGUAUAAACAGAUUUUAUGGCUAUACCAUCACGGUUGGGUUUUUUCGUCUUGAAACGAAUUUUAUAUAAAAUUUUAUAUUGAAAUUAGUUCCCAGCAUACUUCGUAAU